UAUUUUAGUUGUAUGUACGUAAUUAAACUUGAAUAAACUUUAUUUUCUGCAAACUAAAUUAAUAUAGUAGAACUUAUUUUUCUUGAAUUUUAUCCUAUUUAUAUAGUAGCUAGGUCAAAGAUAUACGUAGUACAUUAUUUGAAAUAAAAAAUUUUAAAAAAAAAAAAUCGUAUAAUUUGAAUAGAAGGUACUCCUUGGUAUCUAUAAAAGGAAACCAAUAACUAAACCCCUCACUUACACCAACCUGAUUACACACCCAUCUUCCUACAAACACAAAGCAAAGAGAAAGAAAGUGAGUAAAAACCCAAAAAAAUGGCAGGAAAAGACUCAUCAUCAAGGCAUAGGUCAAGGGAUGAUGAUGAUCAUGAUGUAGAUUUGGGGCUAAACCAGUACCCUGAUAAAGUACCUCUUGGUACCUUAGCUCCGGCUCCUCCAAAGGACUACAAGGACCCGCCGCCGUCUCCCAUGUUCGAGCACGGCGAGCUCAGGACUUGGUCUUUUUACAGAGCUGGUAUUGCUGAAUUUGUAGCCACCUUCUUGUUCGUCUACGUCUCCGUUUUGACUGUCAUGGGCGUAGGCCGAGCUACUAACAAGUGUGCCACUGUUGGUGUUCAGGGCAUUGCUUGGGCCUUUGGUGGCAUGAUCUUUGCCCUUGUUUAUUGUACUGCUGGUAUUUCUGGUGGACACAUAAACCCAGCAGUGAGCUUUGGGAUGCUAUUGGCAAGAAAACUGUCCCUAACAAGGGCAGUAUUCUACAUGUUGAUGCAGUGUUUGGGAGCCAUAUGUGGUGCUGGGGUGGUUAAAGGGUUCCAGGCCACCCCAUACGACGUGUUGGGUGGCGGCGCGAAUAAGGUUAACCUUGGUUAUACCAAGGCUGGUGGUCUUGGUGCUGAGAUUGUUGGUACCUUUGUCCUGGUUUACACUGUUUUCUCUGCUACUGAUCCUAAAAGAAUUGCUAGAGAUUCACCUAUUCCUAUAUUGGCUCCGCUCCCAAUUGGAUUUGCAGUGUUUGUCGUUCACUUGGCAACCAUACCAAUCACUGGAACUGGGAUCAACCCAGCUAGGAGUUUAGGAGCUGCAAUCAUAUACAACAAUGCCAUAGCUUGGAAUGACCAAUGGAUAUUUUGGGUGGGGCCCUUCAUUGGAGCUGCUCUUGCUGCUGUUUACCACCAGAUUGUUCUUAGAGCCAUGCCCUUUAAGACUCCUAACAAUGACAAAGCUUCUACCUAGUUUAAUUCAUUUAAAUAAUUUAUAUAAUUCUUUUUUUUUUUUUUUUUGUCCUCUCCUCCACCUCCAUCAUUCCUGUUUCUUGUGUCAUUUUGUGCUUGAUUAAAUGUGUAAGUUAUUAAUUAGGUUUGUGAUGUAUAAUUACUAGGUCUAUUAUAAAUUUGAUGUAAUGGGUUUGAUCUAUUUUAUUAUCUCAUUUCUCUAUCAAUAUGAAUGAAUGAAGCCAAACAUAUCUAGUCUUGUUUUGAAUUGCAAUUAAGGCUUUUACAUUGUACAAUAGAAGUUGUUCUUAUAGAUUUUUUUUUUUUAAUGUUUUUUUUUUUUCCCUGAAACAUUGUUCUUAUAUAAUAUAGUGGCAUGCAUGAAGUUGAUUUUUGUGUUCAGUCAUAUUCAAUAUCCAAAUUUUCUUUCCUAAGGACUCAAAUAUGACUCGAAAUCAAUAAAUCGU